GUGUGGCUCACCAAAGCUGCUGUCUCGUUAGCCAGUUAGCAGAGCGGUUUCUCCCUGACGGUGAACGGUUUUAGAAAAUACAGACGCCUGACUGUGAUAACAAACUGUAAACAUGGCGGCUGACUGGGAGGAAAUUCGUCGGCUUGCUGCUGAUUUUCAGAGAGCUCAGUUCGCUGAAACUGUGCAAAGGCUUUCUGAGAGGAACUGCAUUGAAAUCAUAACAAAGCUGGUCCAGGAUAAGAAGCUGGAUGUGGUCCACACUCUGGACGGGAAAGAGUACAUCACUCCUGCACAGAUCAGCAGGGAGAUCCGAGAUGAGCUUUAUGUCCAUGGAGGGAGAAUCAACAUCGUGGAUCUGCAGCAGAUUAUCAAUGUGGAUUGGGUCCAUGUGGAAAGUCGAGCAAAUGACAUCGCAAAAUCUGACAGAGGGGUUCAGCUUGUGCUGGGACAACUUAUUGAUGACACAUACCUGGACCGAUUGGCGGAAGAGGUGAACGACAAACUACAGGAGGCCGGUUUGAUCAGCAUUGCAGAACUGUGUAAAAGCUGCGACCUCCCCGGAGAUUUCUUAUCAGAGGAACUCUCAAAGCGCCUUGGGAAGCUCAUCCAAGGAGAAAUGGACCAGUACAACAGAGGGGUGAUUUUUACUCCAGCUUUUGUUGCUCGUCACAAGGCCAGAAUACAGGGGCUGUUCAGCGCCAUCACCAGACCAACACCCAUCAGCAGCAUGAUCGGAGCGUUCGGAUUCCAGGAGCAUCUUCUCUACUCUGUCCUGGAGGAGCUGCUAAAUUCUGGACGACUGAAAGGAAACGUGGUCGGAGGUCGACAGGACAAAGCCGUGUACAUCCCUGACAUCUACGCUAAAACUCAGAACACCUGGGUGGACUCCUUCCUCCAGCAGAACGGAUAUUUAGAGUUUGAUGCCUUGGUCAGACUGGGGAUCCCAGACCCCCCCAGCUACAUUAAGAAACGUUUCAAGUCCAACAAGCUGCUGUUCCUGAGAGCUGCCUGUGUGGGUCAGGCUCUGGUGGACCAGGUGGAGGCGUCUGUGGAGGAAGCCGUCAGCUCCUCCACAUGGACUGACAUACAGCCCAUUCUGCCCAGCUGUCUGUCAGAGGAGGACGUGGGGAUACUGAUCAACCAGGCGAUGAGGAACACAAAUGUUCAGAGCUCGGCCAGGGUGCUGGGAGGGACGGUGGUGGUCAGUGAGAAGUUCAUCAGUAACUGUCUGUCCGUGUUCGAUGAAGCCAUGCAGCAGAAGGCUCAGAAGGAGGUGAAGAACAAUCCAGUAUUUCUGAUAUCUGAAGAAGACCUGAAGCAAGCAUCCAUGUUGACUGAAAGCUCAGCGCUGUCUAAAAAAGAGAAGAGAGAAGCAGAGCGCAGGAAGAAGGCUACAGAGGGCAGCGGCAGCACGAAAGCAGGCGGUGGAGGAAACGCCAGAGAGAUCCGGAUCCGUAAAACCAAGAAGAAAGGGAGGAAGGACGAGGACAGCGACGAGGAAACCGGACCUUCACAGCAAAAUCGCAGCAAACAGACUGAGGCCCCCUUUAUGGCCCAGGAGGAGAUCGCAGCAGUUUUAGAGGAGAGAGUGAGCGACUGCCCCGAAGAAAUCCUCUCUGAGCUGGCCGAGCAUUUAGUCAGGCCUUUAAAUAAAACGUACCAAGAGGUGCUGCGGACCGUGUUUCUGUCCUCCACUAGCUCUCCGUCAGGAGCCAACAAGAAGAAAAGCAUGAAGGAGCUUCAGGAGGAGAUCACAAACCUGUACAACAACAUCCGACUCUUUGAGAAGGGAACCAAGUUCUUCUCAGAUGAAACUCAGGUCAACAUCGCCAAACACGUCCUGAAGACUCUGUGCACGGACGUCACCAACAUCCUGGUGAACUUCCUGGCCGCUGACCUGAUGAUGUCUGUGGAGAAUCCCAGCAGCAUCACCACUGAGGUCAGAGUGAAGAUUCUGGGCAAACUGUCAGAGGAGACCAAAGGACCUCUCAUGAAGCUGCACAACAGUCUGAACGGAAAAGCAGUUGAAGACUUUCUGACCAACAUCGAGAGCUCUGCAGAGGUCUGCGGCUUCAUGCUGAAGAAAGGGGACAAGAAAAAGGAAAGGCAGGCCCUGUUCGUGCAUCGUCAGGCUCUCAUUGAGCAGCUGAAGGACACGGAGGAUCCCGCCCUGGUCCUCCACCUGACCAGUGUGCUGCUGUUUCAGGCUAGCACUCAGUGCAUGCUGCACGCUCCGGGACGCUGCGUGCCCCAGAUCAUCGGGACCCUCACAGGAAGGAUACCCACGGAGCAGCAGCAGCUGCUGUCUGCCUACCAGAGCCUGGUGGUGAAGCAGCUGGUGAGCCAGAGUCAGAGCAGGAAGCAGGAGGAGGCCGGAGAGGAGGAGGAGGAGGAGCAGGACGAGGAGGGAGGGAGCAUCCGCUCACAGCUCCUGAAUCUGACUCCACAGAUCAAAGAUCUGGUGCUGUCCCAGAAGAAACCGUCAGUCACUGAGGAGUGAACGUACAGAGUAAAGGAAUGAAUGUCUGAACUGAUCAAUGACGGAGAUUUUUAAGGUCUUAAAUGUUCAUAUAGAUACUGUUAACUCUGAUAGAUCAGACGUUAAUACUGUAUUUUUGUGAUUUAUCCAUGUGGACGUAAUUCUAAAUUAUUACAGUAAAAUUCCUGUGUGGGAUGUCUCCCUGUAAACCUGAUUAACGUGAAAAUCCUCAGUGAGGGUCAUGAAAUUAUUAAAACGCUCCUCUUCAUCAUUAAAA